AUGGAUGGUUUCCCUAAUCUUGGAGGAGGAGGGAGCAGCAGUAGUAGUGCUUCCAUGGCCUCCUUCCUGCAGCUCCCUUUGCCCGUCGCGUCGUCGUCGUCGCCGGAGCUGGCCGGCGAGCACCACAGUUCGCGGCUAGCGUUGCAGCAGCUGCUAGCCACCCCGCCGCCGUCAACCCCGCAGCGCGGCCACCACCACAGGGAGAUCUCGCCGGCCGAAGCCGCCACCGUCAAGGCCAAGAUCAUGGCGCACCCUCUGUACCCGCCGCUCCUCGCCUCUUACCUCGACUGCCAGAAGGUCGGCGCCCCGCCGGAGGUGCUGGACAGGCUCUCGGCGGUGGCGGCAAAGCUGGACGCGGUGCAAGCCCGGCGGCAGCACGAGCCGCCGCGUGCCGACCCGGAGCUCGAUCAGUUCAUGGAGGCUUACUGCAACAUGCUGGUGAAGUACCGGGAGGAGCUGGCAAGGCCGAUCCAGGAGGCCACCGAGUUCUUCAAGAGCGUCGAGACGCAGCUCGAUUCCAUCACAGGUGCUAACAAUAAUUGGGAAGGUGCUGGGUCGUCCGAGGAUGACCUGGACACGAGCUGCCCGGAGGAGAUCGACCCCAGCGCGGAGGACAAGGAGCUGAAGCACCAGCUGCUGAGGAAGUACGGCGGCUACGUGGGCAGCCUCCGCCAGGAGUUCUGCAAGCGGAGGAAGAAAGGGAAGCUCCCCAAGGAGGCCCGGCAGAAGCUGCUGCACUGGUGGGAUCUGCACUCCAAGUGGCCUUACCCGUCUGAGACGGAGAAGAUCGCGCUUGCGGAGUCGACGGGGCUGGACCAGAAGCAGAUCAACAACUGGUUCAUCAACCAGAGGAAGCGGCACUGGAAGCCGGCGCCGGAGGACAUGCCGUACUCGAUGAUGGACGGGACCGUGGGCUUCCACGCGGGCGCCAGCGCCGGUGCCAGCGCCGCGGCGGCGCUGUACAUGGAGAGGGCGCCCUUCAUGGUGGACGGCAUGUACCGGCUCGGGUCGUGA